GGCCUGAUUUGGGGGCUUCAAUCACGGGAGGAAAUUCAGAGGCGACGAACGAAACAGAUACCAGGGAUACAAAAAUUGCGCGAGAUCAGCCCUUAGCUACGCGUAAUACCUGGAAAAAGAAGAAGAAGAAGAAGAAGAAGAAGAAGAAGAAGAAGAAGAAGAAGAAGAAGAAGAAGAAGAAGAAGAAGAAGAAGAAGAAGAAGAAGAAGAAGAAGAAGAAGAAGAAGAAGAAGAAGAAGAAGAAGAAGAAGAAGAAGAAGAAGAAGAAGAAGAAGAAGAAGAAGAAGAAGAAGAAGAAGAAGAAGAAGGAUUUGCAAAACAUGAGCACUCAACAAAGCACGAAGUCCACAGAAAUGGAAUGAAACAACGUUAUGCUCAACAGAACUAGU